AUGAUGAUCUAUGUGGAUGAUUUUAUCAUCGCCGCACCGACAAACAUAGAGAUUCAAACAGUGGUCUCUAUGCUUCAAAAAUACUACGACAUAAAGGACCUUGGUGAACCGAAACAGUAUUUGAACUGUGCCUUGGUUAGAGACUACGAAAAGAGGACGAUCUCUUUAUCGCAGAGUGCCUAUAUGCAAAAGAUCCUACGGAGAGAAACCGCAAUUGAAGAAGAUUCAGAGGCCUUACUCGAUAACGAUAGCUUCGACCACUAUCAAUCAGUGGUUGGAAUGCUCAAUUGGCUAGCAGUCAAAACUAGGCCGGAUAUUCGCUUCGCAGUGACGAGACUACAGCACCGAUUGGCGAAACCGACGCUAUACGAUAUACAAGCACUUCAUCACGUUAUCAAAUACCUUCGCCAAUAUCCUGACCUAGGAAUCGUCCUUGCAAAGUCUGACGAACUGCAAUUCUCAGCAUAUUCUGACGCAUCACACGCCGAUUGGCAGGACAGCAAGUCGACAGAAGGUGUUAUCUGGUUUUUCGCCGGCUCACCAGUGAUGUGGUUUACGAAGAAACAGACUAUCACAGCCAAUUCCACCACUGUAGCAGAGUGGUGCGCGCUCGAUCAGCCUAGCAGGGAUGCUAUGUGGCUAAACAAAGUGGCCGAUUCGCUUCAAUUGCCAAGGCCCGAUGCUACAGUUAUCUAUACUGAUAGUAUCAACUCGCAGCUUCUGCUCUCUAAAAAAGGGGGGCAGAUCCGCCAAUCGCUGGCUUUCAUUGAGAUAUUUCUUCGUCAAAGAUGCUGUUGCACAAGGUCAUAUCAGCAUACGCAGGGUGGAAUCCAAGCAUAA